UAAUAUAAGAACAAUAUCAUAACAAUAAAAGAACUCACAAACAACACUUAUUCUUUCAAAAUUGAAAAGAAUAUAUAUUACAUUAGCCCAAAAAUCCUGCAGGAUCCACCACACAAUUUAACCAGGCAGCCAUCCAUGAUCAGGAAGAAUACAUUAAAGAGACCAAUUUAUUUUCAGCUGUGGGUCAUGCUGAUACCAUGAUUAAUCAAAUCAAUGAACUUCAACAGUUACAAUAAUUAUAAUAUGUUAUAAUACAGAUUCUCUCAAUUGACAUGAAGCUAUAAAGCUGUAAAGCUAAAAUUUAAGCUAGACUCUUACCCAGAGAAUGGAAGAGGUGUGGCAAAGCAUUGUUGGUGAUGGCCCUUUCUCAAGCUAUGCUGAAUUUGAAAAAAAAUUGACAGAAUAUGAGAGAGUUGUUGGCUGUGCCUUUGCCAAGGCUAAUGCUUCAAGUGUUGAAUAUGAAAACAAGCGAAGAAAACAAAUCAUUCCUACUGAAUAUGUUUAUGCAAAUUGCACAUUUAAAUGUGUGCAUUUUGGUAAGCCAAGGACUUUAUCUACAGGUCAGCGAAAAAGCAAACGUGUUCUUCCUUUAGACUGCACAGCCAGAUUCAAGAUUAGCUUCAAAAGUGGGGCUUUAUAUGUUUCCAAGAAAUGCCUUGAACACAAAUACCAUGAACUUGUCCCAAUUUCUUCAAACUUGCUCCUUGCUGAGAGUGGAGCACAGGCAAGAAGACAACAACAAAAGGAAACCAAAAAGGCCUUUAAGAAAAAACAAACGAAAGCUGCUAAAAAAUCUAAACUACAAGAUGCCAGCACUCAAACAGGGUUGACAGAACAUUCUGGAAGUUGUCACUGUGGGGCAGUGAAGUUCAAGGUUUGGGCUCCAGAAAAUGUUGAUGUAUUUGAAUGCAAUUGCAGCAUUUGUACCAAGAAGCAGAAUUUUCAUUUCAUAGUACCAAAAAAUAAUUUUGUUCUCCUUCAAGGAGAAGGUAACAUUACAACCUACACAUUUAACAAGAAGUUAGCUAAGCAUACAUUUUGUAAAACAUGUGGUGUUCAGAGUUUCUAUACACCUCGUUCCAACCAAGACGGCAUUGGUGUCAUGCCUCAUUGCAUUGAUUUUGGAACUAUUAAGUCAGUGAAUGUAAAGAAAUUUGAUGGACAGAAUUGGGAAGACUCCUAUGCCAAAUCUAAUAUUUCUGUAUAUUCGAAAGAAUAAUGUUAUUCUUGUUAAACAAAAUAUAUUUAUAAAAUUUAAACAAGAUGUGUGUUGUUGUUUUUUUGUUACUAGUCUCUACUGUAAAUAUUUCAAUAGUCAUGCCACCUUUGCGCUAAAACAUUAUUUUUAGCAUUUUUAUACCAUGUAUUAAGAUUAACAAAUAUUAUUGUGAAAGUCUAGGAUGUAAGUAAUGUAUAUGAUAAAAUAUCAACUCUUGAGAGUUUAAUCAUAAUAUUCAUUUAAUGUGAUCUAGCUAAUUAUAUUUUGAUAAAAAUGCUCCAUUAAAUAGAACAAGUUACUUUUUUUACUGUGUCCUUUUCACAAAGUAGACCUCAAAAAAUGUGUUUAUUACAAAGUUUGAAAAAUAUUUAUUGUUUAAAGGCCUAAAUGUGUCCUGCUUUUAUUUUGUCACACACAUUAAUAAAAGCUCAAAAAAUGCAACCAUAGUAAAUUAUCCAUUUAUGUAUUCUUUUUUUUUUUAUAAUUAGGCUAACAAAUCUCAAUUUAACAAAAACAAUAUUACUGGUAUCAUACAAAUGUGUUUAUUGUUUGGUUCUGGUAAAACACUCCUACAAUGUUAUUCACAGUACUAAUUGCAAACAAAACAUUUUCCUUAUAUAACCUAGCUUAGUGACAAGUCUUAUGCUCAAACAUAAGCAUACCUAACAGGAAUUAAGAGUAUUCCCCAGACAUCAACUACCAAUUAAAUGUUUUCAAUUUUUUUUAUUUUUUUUUUACAAUUUUAAGUUGUCUUAAUUUGCAUAAUAAACAAGAGUCGCAGCAUCAGUUUCACACGAACUACUGGUAUUAUAUAUCAAUGCAGUAUACAUUUUUUAAAAUGUAGAGCAUUCAGAAGUUUCUUAUUUAAUAGAACUUUAUAAAAUAUUAGAGAAACUACCAAAACAUAGGAAAUCAGGAAGAUGUUAAAAGUUUAUAGGAAAGAUAUUAAACUUUUACCUUUCUUACUAUUUAAGCUGAAAGUUAAUCAACUGAACAAUUUAAUAUGGCAAAUGUCAUUGAGAAUGCUAAGUGUUGCUUGCAAUCUUUUUUUUUUUAAUGAAUACAUUGUUGUUGUUUUUUCAUUGUUUAAAAAAAUAAAACAAAAAAAAAAAAUGAAGUAUUUGUAAAUAAGUUAAACUUGGCAUGAGCAUCAAUCCUAUGUUUAGAACACCUGAUCAUGAUGCAGGGGAGACAAACUCAGCCAAACAACAAAAUAAAACCUUAAAUAACAUUGUGUCCCCAAAAAGUUAUGUACAAACAUCACAGUAGAACAAAACAAUGGUACAGAAAGAAAUAGAACCAUUCUAGACCUUUCUGUUGAUAUGAGUUCAUUCAGGUCAAUGGUAUGUAAUACACUUUUCAAAGUCUUGAAAAUGUUGCUUAAAAUAAAAAAUCAACAAUUUUUUUCUAAAUCUGAACAAAAGAGAAAAUAAACAAACUUCCUUUAAAAAAACAAUACA